AACUACUAUUCGAUGUCUAAAGGUGAGUCUUCAUGCCAUGUCUCUGGAUAGAAUAUCGAGGAAUAAGCAGGCAAUUGAUAUAUUGGUGAAUGCUGCUCUUGAUAGCUCCGAUGGAGAGGACUUAUCCCUGUCUGAUGGCACCGAUCCGGUAGUGGGUUCGAGAUCUAUCAUUGGUCUCCUAGACGUCCAACAUUCAGAAUCGGAAGAUGAAUUCCUGGAGUGGGAGGAUGUGGUUGAUGUCACUCCUUCUACACAUGCACAUAGUACUGUUCACCUCUCAAUCAAUAAGCACGCUCUCGAACCCAUAGAGGAACCCAUGGAGAAGUUACGGACUAGCAAGAGACUAAAAUCUGUGGACUCCCAUGAAUUGAAAGCCCAUAGAUUCAGAACUCAUAACUUGCAGAUGCUAUCUUAUUUGGCCCUCGGAAAGUUAAGAAAUAAGUGGAUUAAUGAUAGCAAGACUCAAAAGAGACUAAAGAGACAUCUACCAGAGAAGAUCGCGAAGCAAGCUAAGCAUAUAGUGAAGUUGGCUAAAAUGUCGACCUCUAAUCCCCCAAUUGCCGAAAAAACAAACAAUAUUUGCCCCAUCUCGGAGAGAGAGUUGGUUUAUGUUCUUAAAUACUUGAUAAAAUGGUUCAGGAAGAAUUUCUCACUCUCUUGCAACUCGAUAAGAAAUCUAGGGUAUCUUAUGUCUCCCAAAGUUUUUAAACAGAAGAAACUCCUCCAGAAUGUUGAAAAUUACUACAGGAGUGGGCCACCGGACAUGUGUGAUAUUGCGGGUUUCAGACGGAUUGCCUCAAAGAUGAGCGGGGGUAAUAGGGAUAUCGGUUCCCAGUUAUUCACUGCAUUACUUCGCUCACUCGGGUUUUAUGCUAGGCUAGUUUUCUCGAUCCCAUUGUUGUCUGUGACAAAAGACGCAAACCAUUUAUUGCCCCUUGAUCCUACAUCCUCAAAUAAUUUUGAUUAUGACUUGUUGUUUCCUACAUUUUGGACUGAACUAAUUAGCCCGAUCGAUGAUUCCGAGGUGUACAUUAUCGAUUCGUUGGUUUUUCAUAACGAGUGGAAAGGACUAUUGAAGCUUAAGCGAUACCAAAAGGGGGAGUAUGGUACUCGUAAUCUGUUAGUUGCAAAGGGUUUCACGAAAGAGUAUUACCCCCGGGGUCCAUUGAACCAGAUGACGAUGCAGUAUGUGGUGGCAUACGAGGGGGGUGGUUCGAUUAUUGAUGUCAGUGGACGCUACAUGCCCAAUAUCAGUUAUCGAAACUUUGAUGUGUUAGGAUUUCGACCGGAUGCCGUUCGAAGCUUUUUGAUGUUUAAAGGUUUCCUUUCUGUGUUUAACAAAAGGAAACCCCAACCAGUUGAGAACCACACAAUUGAAAUGGAAGUUGCAUUUCUAAAACAAGUCAGCCUUGCAAAUUUUGAUAUUCCAAGUUCUGUGGCAGGGUUCCGCAAGAAUCCCAAUGUGAUCAUUUCAUCUUUGCUUUACAAAAACCAGAUAGUUGAUCCACUUGCAGUCCCCGUUGGCCAGUUCAAAAGAAACGCCAAGGAAGGGCAACCAGGCGCGACGAUUGUUGAGGCAGUGUACCUAAGAUCUUCAAUUCUCAACUGUAAAUCACUUCAGCAUUGGAAAAUUCUUGGUAGAGAUGUCAAACUUGAUGAAUUGAAUCUGCCAUCCGUAGUUACCAAGUGGAACCCUCAAACACUCCCAAACAGACGACAAUUGGAAUACAAUAAGAAAAAUGACUUGACGAUGACCCAAAAUUUGUAUGCCUUUUACCAGACUCAAUUUUGCCCUCCAAUUCAUAUCACCGAUACCCAGAUACCCAAAAAUGAUUACGGUAAUAUCGAGAUAUUUAAAUCGUGGAUGAUACCCGAGGAAUGCAUAAUAUUGAAGUUCCAGGGUCUCUCCGGAAUUUUAUCGACAUAUAACAAAAAAGUUGAAGCUGAGGAUCGGGUUGAUUUUGCACCCGUGGUUUCUGGGUUCAACUUCUCGUACAACAAAGCGACGCCUGUAUUGGAUGGUGUAUUGGUGCACGCAAGAGAUUCCAAUACUGUUAAACGUAUCUGGUUCAACAAGAUAUCCAACUUGAGGAGAUUAAAGAAACAGAAACAAGAGGCUGAAAUUUUGAACAAUUGGAGAAUGGUGUUAGCCAAAUUGAGAAUAAGGGAUAGGAUCCAACGUACUUAUGGUUUGUGCGAUGAAGAAGGUACCGGUGAGGUAGGAUCACAUGAUAACGUGCCAGACUCUGACCACUCUGGUUUCUUUCAAUACCACGAGCUGGACAGUUAUGAGGCUGUCGGCUGCGUGUAUCAUUCGGGCCAUGGUGUGCUCACUAGGAUGGGUGAGGAUAUUGGUGAUGGGGAGUGCUGGGGAUUUCCUACAGACCUGGACAAUGCUUCGUGUUUAAGUGAUGUUGGCAUUGAGGAAUUUUCGGGUGGGUUUAAAUGAACAAGAGCUCCAAAAAACUGGAAGGAUUCAAACCAGAUUCAAAACCAAAAGCUUUAACAUGGAUCUGGGAUUACUGAAUGACUGUCUAGUUUUGAGGCUUCAAAAAUUUCAUGAUACUAAGCGUUAAAAUGAAACCCUUUAUAACUACAGCUUAUGGUGAUGCAUAACUGUAUUCGUUUGUAAGCCUCUUCCUGCCUUCACGCUUGUAUACAAAUCAGUAUGAAAAUACGGUCUAGCAUAAAGUAAACACGACAAAAGUAAAUAUGAACGU